CGUGCGGCGGCAGCGGAACGCGGCGGCGGGCGCCGGUUGCGGAGGGCCGCUUUGAGGCGGGCACCGCGCGGCGCGGCACGGCGCCGGCAUGAGGGAGCUGCCGCCGGGCCCGGGGAUGGAGAGCGACAUCUUGGACGCGCUGGAGGCCUUGGGGUACACGGGUGCCCUGUUGGAGGAAGAGGCCCUUAAAAAAGCAGCAGAAAAUGGAUUGUCUUCACCAGAAUUUUUUGAGCUUUGCAUUUGGUUGGGUUCCCAGAUAAAGUCACUUUGUAAUAUGGAAGAAAGCAUCACUGCAACAGAUGGAGUGAAAGAUAUAGAGAGCUUCCAGCUUGAAAUUAGUGGCUUUCUGAGAGAAAUGGCUUGUCCGUAUUCAUCACUGGUGUCUGGAGACAUCAAAGACAGAUUAAGAGAGAAAGAAGAUUGUCUUAAACUCCUUUUAUUUCUAAGUACAGAACUUCAGGCUUUAAAGAUAUUGCAGAGCAAGAAAGUUAAAGGCUCUCAUUUGGAAAAGCACAGUGAAAUUGUUCAGGAAGUGCAAGCUAUUUGUGAUGCACUGGGUCUGCCAAACUCCUCAUCUUCUGGUAUUCCUCCCUUGUUAACCAGUGUGGAACAAAAGGUGAAAGACAUCCUCUCAAAAGUUAAAAAUAACCAUGUGGGGAAAUCACUGCUGACAAAACCUCUGAACUCUGACCAAGUGGAAAGAUUGGAAAAGAUCAAUGAUGCUCUUUGCAGUGAGUACGAGUGUCGACGGCGGAUGUUGAUGAAGAGGCUCGAUGUGACUGUGCAGUCUUUUGGCUGGUCUGAUAGAGCAAAGGUAAAAACAGAUGAAAUAGCACGGAUCUACCAGCCCAAGCGCUACGCGCUGUCUCCCAAGUCCACCAUUACACUGGCUCACCUUCUUGCUGCUCGCGAGGACUUGUCCAAGAUCAUAAGAACCAGUAGUGGAUCAACACGGGAGAAGACUGCCUGUGCUAUCAACAAGGUUCUGAUGGGGAGAGUCCCUGACCGUGGAGGCAGACCAACAGAGAUUGAACCACCUCCUCCUGAAAUGCCUCCAUGGCAAAAAAGACAAGAAGGUGGUGGAAGAGGUGGCUGGGGGGGCGGUGGUGGUGGAAGGGGUAUGGGAGGUGGCUUCCAAGGUGGAGGUGGCUUCCAAGGUGGCAGGGGAGGUUAUGGUGGCAGGGGAGGCUACGGUGAUCCGUAUGGUGGAAGGGGAGGGGGAGGAUACCGAAGAUACUAAAGUACUGUAAAUCUUAACAGAGUAACUGGCAGAAUAUAGUGGUGGUGUUUACUGGUACUAGGAAUUUAGAUAUGUUGACUUGGGUUUAGGUUAGAAUUAAGUAUGACCAUAUGAGUAAUUUCAUUAGACCAACUGAUAUUCUCACUGAGUUCUUUUAGUUAACUGAAGUUUUAUACUAAAAUCCGAUGACUGAAGUCCUUGUUUUUCAUACUGCUUAUAUGGUGUUUUUUAUUAUGUAAUUUUAUUUAAAAUAAGUCUCAGAAAACUGAAUAAAACCCUUUCUAAACAAACAAAAAUAUAUUAAUGGUCAGACCUCUCUGAUUAUUGCAUGUUGCAUGUCUACUCUCCUGCUCCAAAAUGUUGUGUAGAAAAAACAAAGUAGGCCUAAGAACUGGAUGAAACCACUUCUAAAAGACUCAUGAAUGCUGCUUUCAGGCUUGUUCUCUUCAUGUCAUUGUUCUUCAUUCAUAGUUUUCAUGAAAAUGAAUUCAUGAAUUCAUUAAUGUAAAAGAAUUUUAUUUCAAAUGUUAAAAUCCUUAAGGCUUUGGUGAAAAUUACUCAAUUAGAUUUGAUUAUUCUUGCAGAACUUCACAUUAUAGUAACAUUGUGAAUUAAUACUCUACAUAAAUUAAUCAAAUCAGGUUGGUUUUUUGUGUUCAUAAUGUAUCAGACACACUAAUGGUACUGUAAACUCAUCAUAGUGAGUUUUGAUAGUGUCUUAUUUUCAUUUUACCUGUUUUCCAUUGUGGUUGUUUCAUAAAAAAAAAUUUAAAAUCAGAUUGGGCAGAAAACUUGCAGCCAUCAUGUCUGGUGUGAAUUCAUGUAUGUAUCCUUGUGUAUCAGCUUUGAGACAAAGUUGGAAUAAGCUGAGCUUUAUAAGAAAGAACAUGACAUUUCUUCUCCCCUUUUUUUCUUUCCCCUUGUUUUUUUAAAUUAUUCUCUUCUCCCUUGCCUGCUCUGUUUGGGAAUCACAACCUGUCUGAUUAGUAACAAGAUACCUCAUGUAGCAGUUGCCUUCUGUCAGUGAUUUCUCUCUCUGCCAACCUAAAAGAAGCCCUGUCUUGACAUGGUAUGGUUGCCUUCUCCCUCACACACACUGUUAGUCUAGAAGGAGUUAGCUGACACACCAUCAUGCCUGUAAAUAUAUGUAGACAGGAAUUAAAUUUAGCACUGUCACUUAGAGAAGUCAGUUUCUGCUGCCCAGUAUCUUUUAGAUCUGCCAUGUUGUGAGGCCGCUCCUGAGAACAGAGGUCGGAAGGGGAUGCUGCCUGAAUAUGUUCUCAUGACAGCAUUUAUCAGGGUCAGGUCACUACGGAGAGAUUCAGGAAGGCAUCUGAUGAUUAAAUAGCACAGCAGGCUUGAAGCACUUGUAACUGUAGGCGUAACUCCAUGUUCAACUUUAGGAUUUGAUUUUAAUGUUUCUCAGUUACAAGCUCUUUCUGCACAAAUUUCCUACUGGUGUCCAUUGGUAUGCUUUAAAGAUUUUUUUUUUUCUUAACACACAUAUCAUGCCCUGUUUCAUUGGCAACUUCAUGCAUGAAUAUAAAGUUCUGUUGCAAAUCUAAUUACUGUCUUUCAAAAGCUUUUCUUCUGUUAUUUCCUCUCUCAUCACUUUGCUUGAGAAUGCUGCUUCUAAUGUAUGAUAUAUAUGGCUUUACCCAGGCUUUAGGGUCGCAGCAGGUGCCUGAUAAAAAGAAGCAGAAGUUUUGCUUGCCUAGAACAUGUUAGCUGGGAUGUGAACUUUUGCAAUAAUGGUUUAAUGUCACCCAACUGCUGGCACUGUAGCUCCUUUGCCAAAUUUUUCUGUGCUUCUUACUGGCCUAAGCUCUUGGCAGCCUCUGCAGUCAUUAUGGAGAGACACCUCAUGGGUCACGUUGGAGCACAGUACUGGUUCUCUUGAUUCUGAGCUUGGUUUUUGCCUAAUGCUCUGGAAUAGCUCCCAGACCAAUGACAUACCAAUUGAGACUGCUGCCCUUGGAGCAAAGUAUUGGUCAGCAAAGGAAUAGAGAGCAGCUUUUCAACAACCAAAGCCUUAAGAUUACAUUAAAAUUCUGUUUGCUGAUCCCAGUGUUUCUUUUUGCUACAAAUAAUCAGCAGUCAAGCAUGUGGCUUCAUCAAGGAACUACACCGGAAAAAGAAACAACAUAUCUAUGCUGAAAGGUUUCAUAAGUCUUAGGAUGCAAGAUUGCAGCAGUUUAGUUGCAUUGUUGUAACUGCAGAUGUGAUGUGCCUUGGUGUUUUUACACUCAUCAGUCCCUCCUGUUUGUUAGUAGGCAGGACAGUUCUGAAUGAAGUAAAUCAUCAAGUGAAGCAGGUACAUGCCCACUUCAAUUCUAACAGUUAAAUUAUUUCAGUAUCCUAUUUCAGUCAGGUGUAUGUAGACCAUGUAAAAUAUGGAAAUCCAAAUAGGCUGGAGAUUUUCUUUUUUAAUCUGGCCGUUUCAAUCUUUCUUAAAUAACUUCAAAAUCUGAAGCCAGUCGUUAAAAAAUAAAGUAAGCACCACCAUAUUUCACGGAGGUAUCCUUUGCUGUCCUUUUGUCAGGAUGUAUGCUUUAAUUUCUCAAACAAUGCAAUAACACCAUGAAAGUAAUUGAUUUAAACCUCAAGUUUUGUCUUGAAAAAAAAACAUAUUUUCAAAAAUACUGUUGUAAGUAAAAGAUUUUCAUAUAUAUGUUUGUGAACAUUUUUGUGUUUAUUUGCAUUUAAUGAAUACCUAAGUUAAUAUGGUUUUGUUUGUUGAAGAUCUGAAAAAAAAAGGUUGGAGAUUUUUUUCAGGAAUUGAGAGACGCUUUUGUCAACAGCUGUAAACACUGAGGAAUAAAGUACUGUAUUUAAAAUUA